CUGACUCCCAGUUUUCUGUGUUUCCCUCCCCUUUUUGUUCCCACUAGACGCAGGUUCUCCAUGGAACCCAAAAACCAAACAGCCGUCUCUGAAUUCCUCCUCCUUGGACUCUCGGAGGAGCCGCAGGUACAGCCCGUGAUUUUCGGGCUCUUCCUCUCCAUGUACCUGACCACGGUGCUCGGGAACCUGCUCAUCCUCCUGGCCAUCGUCUCCGACCCCCACCUGCACACGCCCAUGUACUUCUUCCUCUCCAACCUGUCGCUGGUUGACAUCUUCCUCUCCACCACCACUGUGCCCAAGAUGCUGCUGAACACCUGGACCCAGAGCAAAGCUAUCCCUUUCACGGGCUGCCUCACCCAGAUGUACGCCUUCCACCUCUUUGGGACCAUGGACAGCUUCCUCCUGGCCGUGAUGGCCGUUGACCGCUUGGUGGCUAUUGUCCACCCGCUGCGCUACUCAGUCCUCAUGCGUCCCCGCGUCUGUGGGCUGCUGGUGGCGGGCUCCUGGGUGCUCACCAACCUGCAGUCCCUGGUGCACACCUGCCUCAUGGCCCGGCUGACCUUCUGCGCUGGCUCCGAAAUCCCCCACUUCUUCUGUGACCUCACGCCCCUGCUGAAGCUCUCCUGCUCGGACACUCGCGUCAACCAGCAGGUGGUGUUUGCGUUCGGCCUCGUCAUGGGCGUUACCCCGAUGUCCUGUAUCCUCCUCUCUUAUAUCUGCAUUUUCCGCGCUGUCAUCCGGAUCCCUUCUGCUCGGGGCAAGCGGAAAGCCUUCUCCACCUGCGGCUCGCACCUCACGGUGGUGUCGCUGUUCUACGGAACCAUCUUCGCCACGUACUUACAGCCCGCCACCCUCAACAGCUCCCAGAAAGACAAGGCAGCUGCGCUCAUGUGCGGGGUGAUCAUCCCCACCCUGAACCCCUUUAUCUACAGCCUCAGGAACCAGGACAUGAAGGCUGCCCUGAGGAAGCUCGUCAGCAAGGCGGCCUCCUCCCAGAGCUAGGGCAGGACGGUCGCUGGACCCCUACCCUGCUCCAGGACCACUGUUCUGUGCCAGGGGCGCAGAGAA